CGUCACUGGCCUCGCCCUCAUAGCUCCGUCCUCUCGCUCUCAUAACACGAGCGAGGACUGCACGGCUGAUCGCUGAGAACACAUACUCGCACCAUGAGUCAGCGGACGGAGCGCCGGGGGGGGAUACACGUGGACCAGUCGGACCUGCUGUGCAAUAAGGGAUGCGGUUACUACGGCAACGCGGCAUGGCAGGGCCUGUGCUCAAAGUGCUGGAGGGAGGAGUACCAGCGGGUCCGACAGAAACAGAUCCAGGACGACUGGGCCUUGGCGGAAAAGUUGCAGCGGGAGGAGGAGGCCGCGUACGCCAGUAGUCAGGGAUCCCAGACCCAGUCCACAGCAGCACCGCCACAGCCGGGGCCCGCCUCUCUGGGACCCUUCUCCAAGUUCGAGGAGAAGAAGACCAACGAGAAGACCAGGAAGGUGACCACUGUUAAGAAGUUCUUCAGCCCUUCGUCACGCACUGCUACCAAGAAAGAAAACCAAGAGGGCAAGACACCCAGUCCGUCAAUCAGCCGCCACGCCAGCUUCGAGACAGACCAAGUGUCCAAAGACUUUGUGGACUUUCUGAAAAACCUCCAGAAGCCCGGCCGGGAAAUCCAUAAGCAGUGUCGCGCCUUCAUCGUCAGCAUGUCAAACAAGAAGGAUCUGGGCGCGGACGAGCUGUCGGAGUGCGUUCAGGAUUUCUACCAAAACUUGGCCGACCGCCUGAUGGGUCCCUUCAAAGGCUCGUCGGAGUCUGUGGAGCAGGUGAUGGACCAGGUGGAAAAGUACAUAAUGACUCGUCUGUAUAAGAGCGUGUUCUGCCCGGAAACCACUGACGAUGAGAAGAAGGACUUGGCCACACAGAGCAGGAUAAGGGCGUUGCACUGGGUGACCAUCCAGAUGCUGUGCGUGUCUAUGGAUGAAGAAAUCCCAGAAGUCUCUGAGAAUGUGGUCAAAGCAAUCACAGACAUCAUUGAGAUGGACUCGAAGAGGGUUCCUCGGGACAAACUCGGGUGCAUCACGCACUGCAGCAAACAGAUCUUCAGCGCCAUCCGGACCACCAAGAACGAGCCGGCCUCAGCUGACGACUUUCUGCCCGCGCUCAUUUACAUCGUACUCAAAGCGAACCCUCCUCGACUUCAGUCCAACAUCCAGUACAUCACCCGCUUCUGUAACCCCAGCAGGCUGAUGAGCGGAGAGGACGGAUACUACUUCACCAACCUGUGCUGUGCAGUGGCCUUUAUCGAGAAGUUGGACGCCCAGUCUCUCAACCUUUCCCCAGAGGAAUUUGAGCGCUACAUGUCAGGCCAAGCCUCGCCGCGAUGCACCAGCUCGGAGGGGGACUGGGCCCACGCCGACCCGGCACCGACCGCCACCAACCCGGCCCUGGCUCAGCUCAAUCACAACCUGGAGGUGCUGUCGGGCCUCAGCAGCCGGCAGGAGACGCUGAUGGAGGCCGCUCGCAGCCUGCAGGCCGACCUCCUCGCCUGGCCCCAGAGCGUGCAGCGGGAGGUCAACGGCAUCCUGGAGAAAUACCCGCUCGAGGUUCUGUCUCGCACCGUUUCCGCCAUCGAUGCCAACAACGUGGACAAUGACAACCUGCCACCGCCCCUCACGCCCCAGGUGUUUGCUGGGUAGUGGACAAAAAAUUCACAAACCGCGACGGUACUCCUGCUUUUGAAAAGGCAGCUUUUUGAGUUUGAUGGUAACAUCCCAUAUGCACUUAUCUAAUAAUAAUAAUAAUAAUAAUAAUAAUACAAUUUAUUUAAAUGCGCCUUACUCGGCACUCAUGGAUAAAUCUGCUUAAUAGUUUGGAGCUUCUUCUGCACUUCAAACGCCCGGUCACACCACUGUUUGUAACAGAGAAAUUUUGCAGCAAAAUCUGAUAAUUUUUAUGAAAUCGCAGCGAUUAUAAGGGGCAAAAUAAAUCUGCAUGAAUCCCGUUCAGCAAUUGCAAGUUGUUUGGACAGUGCAGAGUUUUGAGUCUGAGAAUCGAGAGUCCAAAAUGACAAUAAUGCAGCUUAUUAAUUGUGUUCAGCGCUCAAAAGUAACAAAGCACCUUUAUGUAAGUUCUGUACAAUUUUGAGGUGCUUGUAGAUUACUUGAACAUUUCAUUUUAUGCUACUUUACACUUAUACUAUACUGUAUACGUCACUACAUUUUAGCGGUAAGGCACUUUUACUCCAAUUAGUUUAUUUGGUAAACUUAGUUACUUAUUAGAUUUAGAUUAAAAACACAAAAUAUAAUCAACUGAUGAAUUAGGCUGAUUAUUAUAGGUUAAAGUACCCAGCUGUAAUUAAAGUAAUUACAAUGAUCUCCACCUUUACCAGCUGCAACAUUAAACACAUUAACGCAUCACACAUAAUUAAAUGAUAUAAUGUGUGUUAUUCUGAAAUGGGACAUACUGCAAAAUGAGUACUUUUACUUUUGACACUUUAAGUAUGUAUAUUCCUCUGAGACAGGAGUACAAAUAUGUGUCUUAUAUAAUCUGUGUGAACGCAUUGCCAGUUAGCAUGGAGAGCUUAGUUUUCCUUCAGUAACUCUUUGUUAAACGAAGCAACGCACUGGCACAUUAGCAGCUACAAAGACACACACACACACACACACACACACACACACACACUUCCAGCCACACGGCCGCUUUCUGGUGUGACCGAGUCUUUACGGUUAUUGAUUGUCUGUAAAGUAGAGCUGGGCGAUAAGUAGAAAAUCAAGUAUCCUGAUAGUUUUAACCAAAUACCUCAAUAUCAAUAUUGUGGCGACACUGUACUGUUGACUAUUGGUGCGUUCACAAAAUAUGCACACAAUGAGAUUUUUGAUAAAUAAUCAUCAGUAAUGUUGAUUAUAACCGUGGUUCAAAAUUAGCACCAUCUACUCGCCAAAUGCUGGUAAACUAAUAAUAAUAAAUAAGUGGCUGGUAGAUUUACUUCACUCAGCAGCCAACAAAACAAUGGGAAUCUAGUCAGUGGCUAGUAAAAUAUGAACAUCCACUAGCCAUUUGGCUGGUGGAAGAAAAAGUAAAUUUUGAACCUUGAUAAUAACUAUGUGGCUAAAGUUAAAUGAAAUGAAACAGCUUGAACAGUCGCGUGUGUUCGGAAGAUUACAUCACUUUACUGUAAUGCAGCCUUUUAAAAUCAGGAGAAGACAUAUCAUAAUAUAUAUAUAUAUAUAAUAUAUAUAAGACAUAUCAGGAUAUUACAAUAUCCAAAGGACGAUAUCUAGCCUCAUUCAUCGUUAUUGAUAUAAAAUCUAAAUAUUGCCCAGCCCUACUGUAAAGAUCUCCACUUCACUGCUGAGCUUUCAUCACAGUCGCUUAUUGACACUUAUUGAUAAUCUGCUCCAUAUUGGUGUGUAUGUUUAGGGCCAUUUGGACUUUUUUUUUCCUCCUUUUUAAUCAUUUCCCCCCCCCCCCCCUUUUUAUAUUUCCCCCUUUUAAAUUUAAUUAGUUUUUGUUUAUUUAACAUUUCCCAUUUUUUAUAUUUCCUUGAUUGCUUUCUCCAUUUUAAAUUCUUUUCCAUUUUUAUUUAUUGUCCUUUUUUUAUUUAAGUCUUUUUUUUUUUGCCUUGAUUGUUUAAUAGUUUUCAAAUAGUUUUUUUCCCAUUUUAAUUUAUUUUCCUUUAAAAAAAAAGUUUCCCUUUUUUAAUUCUUUUUUAUUUUUAUUUUUAUUUAUUUUUUGCUUUUUUCUCCCCAAAAAAAGUCUGACUUUUAUUGCAACAUUGUCCCUUUUCUUGCUGUGUGUGAUAUUUUGUGCAAUAUUUUUCUGCUGUAACACAGAGCCACACUGGAACAUAUAUUUCUCAUCUUCAUAGAGAGGCCUUUGAAGUUUUUAUUUUCUUAAACACACUGUUUGAACGUUGAACUGUUACAAUUCACUGUAUUUAGGCAGGCUUUUGCAUUUUCACCUAUAUAAUGAAUUGGUGUUUGAACGUAAAAUGCAAGCUCAAUGAGACAAAACUAUUAAUAAUGACCUUUGACUAUUGAUGUAUUUUGUCACUGUGCGAUGCACUACUGUCUGACAUUGGGUGUAAUAACAUGCUGGUGGUGUCUGAGUGCCUGUUGAAACACUGCUGCCAAACCACUGCUGUUGUUCAUUAGCUUGAAAAUAUUUUUAGUAUUUUUAUUCAGUGACUAGCAUUGAAUUAAAAGCACAUAACAGCUUGUAAAAGGAUUUAUUACUGUAAUGUUUCCUCACCCGGUUUUUGCCAUGUGUGGUUUAAUCCUGCCGGUGUCAGCUAGCUAACCCGUUAGCUACGGCUAAUUCUUAAAGCUAACUUGGUUCUGGUCUCCCUGGUUAUGCCUGAGGGUUUUACACAUUGGCCAACCAGGAACAACCAUUCCCAUUCCAUAAGGUUCUUAUGCAAUGCAAACGUUGGUCAUAUAUAUAUAUAUAUAUAUAUAUAUACAUAUUUAAUAUCCAGUCUAUGGUGAGAACAUAGGCAUGCGCUCCCGAUGGUACGAGUCAGAAAGCUAACGCUAUGCUAGCAGGAUUCAGGGACAGUGUAACUUCCUUCUUGCAGCUUGUGUGCACCGAAAGUAGAAAGAGUCAAAGCCAUCGGCUCUUAUGUAAUUAUAAUAUAAUUACAUUGUUAUAAUUGGGGCUGGGUGCCGCAGGCAGGGGAGGGAAGUCAGGAAGUAUUUAUGGGAUUUGUUGACAAUACGAAAAUAACAAUACGAAAUGUGAU